AUGUAUAAUUUAUUCUCAGAUGGACCAGAAAAUAUAAAUUUGAAAACAUCCCCUUCUCAGAAUUACUACGUGAAAGGAUCAAACAUCACCUUCUUCUGCUCAGCUGUCUCCAGUCCUACUGCCCAGUUCACAUGGUUUCUGAACAGAACCCAGCUGCCUGAUACUGGACCAGAACUCAGACUGACCAACAUUCAGACGAGUCAGAGUGGAGACUACAGCUGUCAGGCCUUUAACACCAAGACUCUGAGAUAUCAGACAUCUCAGCCCUUAGCUCUUACUGUACUAGUUUCAGAUAAUUCUGAAGAGUGUGGACGUCUUUCACCUGCUGCCAUUACAAGAAUAAUGAUUGCGUGUGUCCUGGUGUUUGGAGGAGUUUUAGCCGGAGGACUUUGUAUUUGUGUAAUUGAGAGCAAAUUACUUUACUUCAGUAGAAGUGACAGCAGCACUCAACGACAUAAAACAGAACACAGAGACCCUGUGUAUGAGAACAAUCAUGUGGCUCCUCAGGCUUUGUCUCUUGCUCCAGGGACACGUGGUUAAGUGGAGACUGUUCUGUGUUGAACUGGUGACGUGACCAGACUGAACUGUUCCACCUCCAACAGGAAACAAUUUUCCUGUCAAUAGCAGUACCUAACAGAUCUGAAUGUGCUCCAACCAGAUAAUUAGUCCCUUGUCUUUUAAAAUGAGGAACAUCACAGCAGGACGUGAACUGCUACAGUAUGUACUGUUACAGAACUAACGUUCUUCUUUCUUCUGCUAAAUGUACAGGUGAUUUUAAGGAUGUAGAUUUCACGUCUACUAUAUUGCAGCUGUGGAGCUGAUUAUUAACAAUCAUGCUUACUACAUGUAUUUUACAGUGCAUACAUACUGUAGUGUGGAAGCAUUUGUGUAUUGAACCAUUCUGGCCUUUCAGGUUCUGUGAUUUAUAAUAGAUUCAGUUUCUGAAUUAUUACAUGAUGUUUACAAUAUUCAUACAUAGUUAACAGCAAUGUUUUAUUGUUGUUAUUGUAUUUGGAUCCAUACUAAUGGUUAUUACACCCACAGUAGCUAUUGUACUGUAAAUAAUUGUGUACUGGGUGUAUUUAAGUCAACCUGAAAUAUGAAU